GGAAAGAAGCAAGACCAUACCACCUAAAAUGCCUUAUUUCAAAAGAGGCUGUUGGUCAUCCCCUGUGUUGGCUUUGCAACGAGCCUGCUGUUAUUAGGUGCAGAGAGUGUCUUCCUGAGGAGUGGUUCUGUGGGGACUGUGAUGUAUUGCAUCACAAAAAACAGCCACUCCACAACAGGGAAUGCGUGAUUCGUGGUUUUUUGAAGCCAUUCCUCCAACCACAUGCAUCAUUAAAGGGGAAGAUGGAUAUUGCACCCAUGAGCAAGCUUGCAUUUUGCCAACUGUGAAGGUGCCAGACUGCUCCUGUGGAGGCACAAAUUUCACUAUGUUACCAGGAAAACCAGUGAUUUUAAUUACCAUCAAUGGGCGUUUUGACUUGCAUCAGCCAAUGUAUGAAUGUCAAACCUGCCAGCAGCAGUGGACCCCUGACAUGAAGGACCUCCUAAGAAGUGGAUAUUGGCCAGCCUCCGUAACCAAUUCCACACUUUAUACACUGGACCUCCUGAGCUCCCUUCAGGAACUCAAGAUCAUAUCUCCGGGAUUCUCCAGACAAGCCUUUGCAAAGCUGCUGGAACAUCGCACUAAGUGUGGAGGAAGAUCUGGACCUAUCAACGGCGAUGCACUGCAGCGCAGUUUCUUAGAGCUUUCAUAUGCAUCAUUUGAGGAAGACCAGCUCUGCUGUAGUGCUCCUUUCACCUGCCCAGCCUGCACGCCGGAAAUGUUGGCUGUUUCAGCAGAUGGAAACAGAAAGCUAUAUCGCUUUCGCCGAAACGGAAGCUCUGAUGAUCCUGGCUUUUUGAGGGGCUCUUUGUGGCUGAAGACAGUGCGACACAGGGAAGAGGCACAUGUGGGGACUCCCAUUGGACAGCAGCGAGGAAACUUCAAGGAGGGCUUCAAAAUUGGAUGA